AUGUCUCAAGAGAACACUGGUCCUCUUGAUCGACUUAUAGAGACUAUUGAGGCAUCGAAUAGAUUCCCAAUGGUUUAUAUUCAUGGAUCUAAAAUUAAUGGCGUCAUACAGUGCUUUCGUAAAAUUCCAAAUUUAAUUAGACAGAAUCCAGGUAAAAUUGCGAACUAUGGUAUGUCAGCAGUACACAUGAGAGCUGUUCAGGAUAUCUUGAGCUAUAUUACACAGAUCCAAGACCUUUCUUUUCAAUGUUCUAAAGAUAUGUGCGUACAAUUCUUACUUGCAACAUCAAUACAAAAGCCUAUGGAAGAAAUAUCAGCAAUGGUGAUUCAGCUUUACAAAGAUUUUAUGACUUUAGAAGUUCCUACCGUUGCUGAAUUAUUCAAGACGUUUUAUGACGAGAUUGAGCAAACCAAUUUAGUCGAUAUGAAACGUAUUGCAUUAGUUCUUGAUCAAAUCAAGAAAAAGAAUCGCGAAGACGCAAAAGAAAACCUUGCCAAAAGAUUUAAUUCGCUGAAGAAGAUCGGAAUUUCGGCGGAUGAUACAUCAGAGAAUGUUGCUAUCCCUGAUCUUCCGUCCAACCUCAAAAUCAUUAUUAAUCGCGAUGAUUUUAUUCUUGGAAAAUCAAUCGGUACAGGAGUCUCAGGAAACGUUUAUUUAGGCAAAAACAAGAAUACAGGUGAAGAGGUUGCCGUUAAAAUUCUUCACAAGAAGCAACUAAGCGGUUCUGAAUUAGAAUCUUAUCAGAGAGAAGUCUAUGCACUUUCUGUCCUUGUUCACCCAUGCAUUCUCAAGUUUUGUGGAUAUACAGAAGAUCCGCCGUACUACAUUUUAACAGAAUACAUGGCAAAUGGAUGCUUAUUCGAUAUCUUACGUAAAAGGCCCCAAAUCCUUACUCCAACGAUCCGCUCAUUAAUAGCACUCGAUAUUGCUCGCGGCCUCGAAUAUUUACACUCAAAAGGCGUAAUUCAUCGUGAUAUGAAAUCUCUCAACAUUCUUAUCGAUAAUAACUACAGAGCCAGGAUCUGCGACUUCGGUUUCGUCAGAUCCAAGAACCAGGCAACUCCAAUGACAGGAUUGAUCGGAACAGCUCAUUGGAUGGCUCCGGAAGUUCUUCUUUCUUCACCGAACUACGACGAGAAAGUCGAUGUCUACAGCUACGCAAUUCUCUUAUGGGAGCUGUUAACGAACGAACCGCCUUUCUCUGGAAUGAAUCCAAGCCAAAUUACAGAUCUCGUCAUCAACCAAGGCUACAGACCUCCAAUACCAGACAACGCGCCACCAAACCUUACAAAGCUUAUCAAUAAAUGCUGGCAAACCGAUCCAACAAAAAGAUUAUCGAUGUCGAAAGUUGUUAGAUACUUGUUUGAUCCUUCUUACCACUUUACAGGUACUGAUGAGGCCGCAUUUGAAGCUGCUGCUGGUCCGAAGCCAAAAUCUCAGUUCGAUCUCUCAAUUGCUGCUUCAAGUCUCCAAAAUCGUAAUAGUUCAUCUAAUUUCGGUGUAAAACAAACAACGAACAAAGCUUUCUUAAAUGCUUCAUCUGGUCCCUCAAAUGAUGAACUUGUCAGAAAAUUGAGUACUCAGAACGAUAGAGAAAAUACUCUCAAACAAAUUUUCCAGAAAAUCGAUCAAACUAAUGAUACAUCAUUAGUUGAGAAAUGCAUGCCAUAUUUCACAAGUAUUUUUGAAAAUCAAGAUCCGUCAUUACCAACUUUGUUACAAUGCUUGGCCAAUUCCAACUGCGAAGCAGUGUUUGAUGUAAGUAUAAUGAAAUCCUUACUUGCAUUUAGCUCAAGCGAUUCAAAAGAGCUCUGCGAAUUAGCAUUAUUAGCAUCUGUCAAAGCAGCAACCGUUAGAUUGAACUAUAUCGCAUCGUCAGCACCUAACUUCUUAACGCAAAUGCAUUCCUUCAUCAAGAAACCUCUUUCCGAGGCCGCAUCAGUUUCAUUAUUCCGAGUCACCACUCAGAUUGUCGAAAAUAUCUCUACCGAGCCUCCAGAUCGCCUCUAUACCAUCCUAUUCUGGUCCGUAACCAAGCGUACGACCACACAAACCAAGAAGGAAGCGAUCAAUUCUCUGGCGGCAUCAAUGAGAUUAGUACAAGUCCGAAAUUCCGUUGUCAGUUUCGAUUCCUGGUUCUUCGAUCCCGAUCUUACACCUGUCUGCAUCAGCUACGCUAAGUAUCCUGAGCCAGCGAGGAACGACCAAUCAUUUUAUUUCGCACUUUUCAACUGCGCACAAUCGAAUCCAUCGAAGAACAUUGUUGAAAUUGCAGCGACACUUCUACACAACGAGGAGCGAUUCAGUAAAUACCUACAGAAGGAAGUGUUUUCACCCGAAUUCUUCACUUUCCUCGUGAAGAGCCGCGAAAUUCCGGAAAUCUUCUUCAGAAGAAGAGAGUUAUACAACGCUUUCGCACACCUCCUCAACGUAUAUCCCGAGAUUGUUUGCGAAAUCCUCAAAACACAGGACGUCGACUCAAAACUCAUCCUUAAAUCACAUCUGCCAAGUAAACUGUCAGAUAAAUUGUUAUCGUGCAACGAUGAGUCCCUUUCAAUUCUUUUGAUGGCUGCCAUAUACGGUGCCGCAUGUCCUGAUGAUUCAUAUCUUUCCAUCCUUAGUUACUUGAGCAAAGCCGUCUACGGACAGAACAUUUCUCUUCGAGCUCCAGCGUUUUUGUGCAUUGCGAAGUUACUUCAUUACUUCAGUUCCAAGUUUGAUGCCGCUGAAUUAAUGCCUGCAGCUGCUUACUACGUCAACAGCGAUAACAGGACAACGAGAAGAGCUGCGGCAAGACUUCUGAAGGAACAUUUGACAGAACCUAGUGUUGAUUUAGUUAGAUCUGCAACAAUUUUCGUUGAGAAUUUCUCUCAACCUGAUGAGUGCACAAAAGAAGCUGUUGAAGCAUUUGGAGUUGCUGCACAAUCUAAGGGACUUGACAAAGAUUUAAGAACAAAACUUUCAGCGAUUUAUCAAAAGACACAUUAA